AAGCAAAUGGUGCUUAUAAAUAGAGGUAAGAGGAGGUAGUGGUAGCAUUAGCAUUCAGUUAUACACACCUAUACAUACACCCAUUUUGUAUCUAUAUAUAAUCCUCUAAAAUCACUCUCUUCUGAGUUGUAAAAAACAGGUUAUGAGAGUAAAUUUCAAUGGAAAAGGUUCAUGUUGAGCACUGUAAAGGCACCAAUGGCCUCGAUAAAGUCGUCCUCCGUGAAAUUCGCGGCAGUUCCGCUGAGGUAUAUCUGUAUGGGGCCCAUGUGACUUCUUGGAAAAAUGAUUAUGGCGAGGAGUUGCUUUUUGUCAGUAAUAAGGCGAUUUUCAAGCCUCCAAAGGCAAUACGGGGAGGUAUUCCUAUUUGCUUCCCUCAGUUCUCGAGCCACGGUUCUCUUGACCAGCAUGGUUUUGCUAGAAACAGGGUUUGGAGCAUUGAUUCUGACCCCCCUCCUUUUCCAACAAGCUCCUCAAGUAAAGCUUUUGUUGACCUGAUCCUUAAGCCGUCUGACGAUGAUCUAAAAAUCUGGCCUCAUAGUUUUGAAUUUCGCCUGAGAAUUACCCUUGGACCCGGAGGAGAUCUGAUGUUGACAUCUCGUAUCAGAAAUACGAACACUGAUGGAAAGCCAUUUACAUUUACAUUUGCGUAUCAUACCUAUUUCUCUGUAUCAGAUAUCAGUGAAGUUCGAGUUGAAGGACUAGAGACUCUGGACUAUCUUGACAAUCUGCAGAAUAAAGAGAGAUUUACAGAACAAGGGGAUGCGUUAACAUUUGAAUCAGAAGUGGACAAAAUAUAUCUCAGCACGCCAACAAAGAUAGCAAUUUUGGAUCAUGAAAAGAAACGGACAUUUGUGAUUCGCAAAGACGGACUUCCAGAUGCUGUUGUGUGGAAUCCUUGGGACAAGAGGGCAAAGGCUAUUGUUGAUCUUGGAGAUGAAGAAUAUAAGCACAUGCUUUGUGUUGAGGCUGCUGCUGUAGAAAAACCCAUCACACUGAAGCCUGGUGAGGAGUGGAGAGGAAGGCAGGAACUCUCUGCUGUUCCUUCAAGUUACUGCAGUGGGCAGCUUGAUCCCCGGAGAGUCCUGGGCAGCUAAAAAUCCAUCAUUCUGCUCCAUCUCAUGUACAGGUCUCCUGUUGCAACGUGGUUAGAACCUGACAUCAGCCUCUGGCAAGGACUUCUUAUAUUACUUUAUUUCUUUGGUGGUGCUGUUUUCUUGUUGAAGCUCCAUAAGCUUGGGGUAGAAGGUGAACUUUUUUGGGUAUAAAUUUGUCGAACAAUGUUUCUUUUUUUAACAUCUGUUUGUGGCAUAAAUCAUACCUGAGAAAAAGAUAGAUGGUUCAACUAGUAGAAAUGAUAUGUUCUGGUUGGCAAUUGUGAUUUUAAAGCCAAGUCUGUAUGGAACACCCUUGUUCAUCUCUGUGUUUGAUGAUUAAAACAGUAGAAAAGAUAAUAAGAUGGGACAGCUUAACUUCCUGUGA